UACCCCCCCCCUUAUUAUUUACACCCAUGGAUGAAGGUGAACAGCAUUACCCAUGAAUAAUGCUGACAUACUCUAUUUAUAGUCUUUUCAUCUUUCAAUAUGAAAUUUCAUGUAUAUGUAACAAAUUUCAGGAAUAGGCCUAUGUAACAAAAACAGCUAAUUUUACUUACUAAUUAAACUGUUUUGUUUUACAUUAUGUAUGUGUUUUGAGGUUGCUGAACGUCCUUUAUGUUAUUUUAUUUAUUUGUUUUUGGAGAUGAACAUCGCCUUUGUUAUAUUAGCAUUUAUAGAGUUCUGACUAUCAGGUUGUUCGGCUGUAAUGAAUCCUCGUCUGAUUGCAUUUUUACUUUUAUCAUAACUUACGUUAUGAGUGACACACCUACACUGACUUUUGACUAUACUUCACCUUUCUCUUGGCGUGUAAAUAUGAAUCAACUGCGCUUUAUCGUCGUAUCGCACUGCCACCACGAACACACCCCUGCAGUGCGCACUGCCCUCCCAUUGGUGGGCGCUGCACGUUCCCCUGUAGCCCCCGCCGUACGCAGAGGUGGGCGUAUAAAGUUGGGUCUCAGCCUGAGAUUUAUGCCACUUGUUGCUGCUGCCGAAGUUACGGCUUCGAACCCCCUUGUGUUGCGUUACAACGGGGUUGCACGUGGAGAUUAUGAACUCAAUUGAUCUGCAAGCUCACCACACGUCUCCAACAAUCAGCCCGCUCCAAACCCAUCCAAAAAGUGCACAGGAAGCCUCGGAGAUGACCGUGUACUGUGACAAUUUCAGCAUGUACCACCAGCAGAGCAUUCACAGCACGCAGAGGCCGAGCGGCUACGGACUGGGGGAUUACGCGCCCUCUUCCAGUCCUUACCUGUGGUUAAACGGGCCGGGUAUGAACUCCUCCGCCUCCUACCUUCACGGAAACAAUCCAGCCUCGUUCAUGCCUCCAUCCUACGGAUCUCAGCGGCAGUUCUUACCCAGUGCUUCAGGGUUCACCGGGUCGGAUCUUGGCUGGUUGUCCAUAGCGAGCCAAGAGGAACUGCUUAAAUUAGUACGUCCUCCUUAUUCCUACUCAGCCUUAAUCGCUAUGGCCAUCCAGAAUACUCCUGAAAAGAAACUGACUCUUAGUCAGAUUUAUCAGUAUGUAGCGGACAAUUUUCCUUUUUACAAGAAGAGCAAAGCUGGCUGGCAGAACUCCAUCCGACACAAUCUAUCUUUGAAUGAUUGUUUCAAGAAGGUUCCCAGAGACGAGGACGAUCCAGGAAAGGGGAAUUACUGGACCUUAGAUCCUAACUGUGAGAAGAUGUUUGACAAUGGAAACUUCCGUAGAAAGAGGAAAAGAAGGUCGGAGUCCACCAGUGGAAUCACCGGUAAUGCUAAAGUGGAAGAUGUUCGGCCCAUUCCGGGUGCCAAGGCUUCAGAGAGCCCUGCUGUCAUGGAUCCCUCUUCUCCGGGAAUGGAUACCGCAAUGGACGGUCAGAAAAGCGCGUCUCCCACAGGUCUUCCGUCUCCAACCUGCUUUAAUAACUUCUUCAGCAGUAUGUCCACCCUGAGCAGUGGCCCUAGCGGCAGACAAGGAGCUCUGGGGCUGGUGAACGAGCUUUCCAGCAGGAACAUUACAGGUCUGAGCCCCUACCAUACCAAUUCGUCUCAAGACAGCGGUGGUCUCGACCUGCCGGAAAGUCUUCACCUAAACCGCGGCGUCUAUUACAACUCAUUCAGCGGUGGACAAAACGGACAGUUCAACAACCAUUUUUAUAACAGUUUCAGCGUGAACAGUUUAAUCUACCCUAGAGAUGGGGCGGAAAUGUAAAGACAUUUGUGCCCGGAGCAUUACAAAAGCGCCCCAUGUGGACCCUGGAAAUUAAAGACUUUCUGCCGGACUCCCAGAAUGCAGGAGACCACAAAGGAGUCUACAAGUCCCGCAGGGCCGUGUAUAAAAAUCGACUAUUCACAGCAGAUUUGACCAAAUAACCAAUUUGCCUUAACAAAAUAAAUGACUGAAUGCUACUGCAAUUAAUAACUUAAAACUGAAUUAAUAAGUAAAUAUUAUUAAUCGACUAGGAAUUUUGCAGUAAAGAAGACCGGAUAGUAUUUAGUUGCUCUCAGAUGGGUCUUGCAUGAAAUAGGCAUAUGAUGAGAAUUAGCAGGUUAUUGAAAACUGCCUCUUUAACCCUUAAACUGGUUUUCCCGCGUAUUGUCUGCGUCUGGUGUUAAUAAUAUGGGUUUGUCUUGCUGAGGAAUGUAGGUUUUAAAGACGCUAGAGCUUUAAUUGUCAAUGAUGUGUAGGCCUUUUCUGCAAAUUAAACUCUUAUAUUUAUGCUAUUUAUAAUAAUAGUGUACAACAACAAAUAUGAGAUUUUAAAAUAUUUAAAAUAGUGUGAUAUUGAGCUGUAGGCCUAACUAUAAUAACAUUUCAGCCCAGUAAAUGGUGUUACUAUAUAGCCCUAUUACAUAUUGUACGCUAUGAGUAACAGCUGAUCUAUUAAGUGCACAAACUGUUUUGCUGUGAAAAAUGGAAAAAUGUGUCUGUCAGGCACGGUUCUAAAUAUUCUUGUUUAUUUAAACCAGUAUGUUUUUCCAUCUUAAGGUCAAACGCUGUGUGAAGUAGCUUAGCAGCUAUGUUAAUGGAUGGAACGUUAUCGCUGAAAUACUUUUGCAGGUUCAUCAGAGCAGAAGUAGGCCUAGACCACCGCAAUAUUUUGUAUUUCUAGGUGUUUGUCAUAGUGUUGUACAUUUCACAUACCAACAAAAUUGUAAUUUAAAUGAAACGCCAUGUUUUCACAUAAAUCGUUAUAGUUGUAAUAUAUUCUAAUUAAUUAUUGACGCGAUUACAACUCGUGGUACAACACACAAUGAUGAUAGGCCUACAUAUUUUCAAAAAAAAAGAAAGAAAAAUACAAUGUUUCGCAAGUAAACAAAACGAUUUUUAUUAUUAUUUUUUUUAACUCGUUAAAUUAGAUAAAUUAAACAUACACAUACCGUUUACGCCAAACCAAAAUGUUCCAGACUGGAUUUUAAGAGACAGCAAAGUAUUGUAAAAUAAACAAUUUUCUUAGUCAGAACGUAUUCGUGAGCAUGAAAAAGAAUUGAUCUAAUCCCCACUUAUUUUAUGCGUUUCAUUUACAUAACUCCGAUACGUUAGUUGCAGACCACUGGACCCCUUAUUAGUUUAUAUUCAGCAUCAUUUCAAAGUUGUAUGUUAGUUUUCACUCCGAAGGGGAUCAAAUCCUUGUAAGAUUAUUGGGGCAAUUAAAAAUUAGUCAUGGGAUUUAGCUAUAUAAGGACGUUGCCAGACUAUUGUACAAGACUUGUCAAACCAUUACAAGGUGCAGGCAAGACACGUUCCUGAGAGUCAGAAUAUGCAUUUUUAAAUGCACCUCUUUGUAUUUAUUUUUUGAUAUGUAGGGUUGUAUUUAGUAGGAUGUGUAUGUUUAUUUUAAUCUUAUUUGUAGUUUUUUUUUUUGUCGUAUAGGUUCUGAGGGAUAAAUGAUCAUCGGCGCAUACACGCAUUACUGAGAAACGCAUGAACACGUGCAAUGCCAAACUAUAAUACGCUUUAGCAUGUAAAAUAUACACAUAAUUUUAAUGACAUUUCGAUCGUCCAUGGAAACGAAAUGUAUGGUUAAAUAUAUAUUAGGUUUUAACUUAAUGUAAAAAAAACGAUUAGGUUAAAGAAUUAAAAAAUUUAUAUAUAUUUACGCUACCCUUAGUAUAGUUGGCCUACACAAUCACCAUGAAGAACAGUGUUAUGUGUUAUUACGUUUUAUCUAUUAGUAAUUUUAUUAAUUUAAAAUAUGAAUUAAUGUUUACUGUCAUUUUGUUUUUUUUGUUUGUGCUUUUACAUUAAACAAAGCUGUCGAUAAGGGAAAAACAAUCAAAAUCAAAACUGAAUGCGGAAGGUGUCUGUACCUGUAUGUAUUCGGAGACAAUCACAUUAAAGCGUUUCGUUAAAAUG